UGUUUAUUUCCGUUUGAAACCCCGCUACGGAACGGCCACACAUACCGUCCGUGGCGACCAUCGCGGCACGGCUAAACAGUGGGCGUAUGUGUGUGUGUGUGUAUGUUGUGUUCGUAGUACAGGAAGAACCAUCCCAUUCAUACGUGUUUAGUGAGUUUCGACGGUUCAAGUUAGUUACAGUUUCGUGUUGCUGAAAAUUGUGCAGUUGUGCAAUCACGUGCACCCUUAAAUCAAGCAGGCUCUGGCGAUCAAACAGCUCAAAACGAGGCAAACCAGGAAUAGAACGGAGCAGCAGCAGCAGCAGCAGCAGCAGAUCAACCAAUUUACCGUCCACGCCGGUGCCGGAAUUUCGUCAAUAGAACGUCACCGUUUGGUGCUGUUCCGGCCAGUGUCUGGUGCUGAAGGCCGGCGGUGUGUGUGAAAGGGCGUUGAUGUUGAAGUAAAUUUAGAACAAUUUAUUGGUGCCGCACCGAGGGCAACAACGGUUGCGAAUGAUACCAUCAGCCAACGCCAACGGUGGUGCCGGAACUGGUGCUGAAUGGCGGCGGUGAGGCGCUGUAUCGGGUCACCACUUUGGAGGUUCGUUGAUUGAUUGAGCGAGCGAGUGUGCAUGUGUUUUUGUUGUUGUUGGUGUUUGUGAGCGUGUGUUUAAGUGUACAAUAACCUCAGAGACUUAUCCGAGGUUCACCAGCAACAACGGAAAGGGAAGUUCGGAAUCGAAACAAACGUCCAACACCAUCCAUCAAGAUGACCACAUCGAACGGUGAGCUGCUCGGUUUGGCCUUCAUGGCGUUCUUCAUCAUCACGCUGUCGUCGACGGCGCGCUACUACUUCAAGUUCUUCUGCUUCAUCGCGUUUUCCGUGGUGUGUGCGGUCGGUCCAGUGCCGCUCAUGUUGUUCCGGCCGCGUGACUACCGGAACGCACUAAUUCCAGCGUACUUAUGUAUCGGGUUUGGCAAGAUGCUCGGGGCAUCGUUUACGGUGCGCGGCAAGGAGAACAUUAACCGCAACCAUGGCGGUAUCGUGCUGAUGAAUCACCAAAGUGCACUGGAUUUGAUUGUCCUGGCUGAGCUGUGGCCCAUCAUGGGCCGGUCGACGGUGGUCGCGAAGAAGGAGGUUCUGUACAUGUUCCCGUUCGGGUUGGCCUGCUGGCUCUGGGGAACGCUGUUUAUCGACCGUCAGAACCGUGACUCAGCCAAGAGCGUCAUCAACAAGGAAGCGAAAGCAAUCAAUGAGAAACAGGCAAAGCUGCUUUUCUUCCCCGAGGGUACGCGCGGCAACGGUGACAAGCUGCUGCCAUUCAAGAAGGGAUGCUUCCACGUCGCCGUCGAAUCGCAAGCCUUCAUUCAACCGGUGGUCAUUUCGAAGUACCAUUUUUUGAAAUCCAAAGCGAAGAUCUUCAACCGAGGGCAAAAUAUCAUCAAAAUUCUACCGGAAGUGUCCUGCGCCGGCCUUUCCAAGGACGACAUUCCAGCGCUGAUGGAGCGGGUACAGAAGAUGAUGCAGCGGGAGUACGAACAGCUGUCGGAGGAGUCCCUUUCGAUCAACAAUAUUAGUGAGGUGCAUUAGACUCAGCGAUUGACGGUGGGCCUCCUCAGGCUCUGUACACGUGCAAUACAAAACAAUUGACCUGGGUAAUGAAUGUUUUAGGGGUUUAGGAAAAAAAAUCAAAAGCAGAAAAGACAGAGAGGAGUGCUGCCACCAAGUGCUGUUUCCCAGGUAUGGGAAGAAGUAGACAGGUUCACCAAUAUCAUCAUCAUCGCCUUAUCGCUAACGGAUAGACAGUAUAAAACAAACCUCCUCAUUGAACAGAGAGCUUAGUAGUGGUGAUUAGCGUUCGGUUUUUGUAUUUACCGGGAUGUGUGAAUUUAAGUUAUGUCUCUUCCAAAGUCCAUCAUUUUUCCCUUCCAACACGCACCUUUAGUUAUUGAAGAUUGAAAAAAUACGGCUAGCCAGUGUAGCAAGCCCAAACGAAAGGAGAUGUGAACGAAUCGCGCAACGUUUAUUUUGCUAACUUCCUCCGAGACUCUAUAUUGUUCCUGUAGUUUAAGGGCACAGUGAAAGCGAGAUGGGAUGGAAGAUCCAGAUUAUCAGGUAUGUUGGUGCGGGUUUAAAGUUGUUUCAAGUCCAAGGUAGCUAUCAAUCAAUCACGAGGUGGAGGAGGACUGUGAAGCAAUAUGUCGGGAAAGAGUGGCAGUGGCUUGUAAAUAGCGUACAAAGUACAGUAGUUUUAGAAUUUUAUUCAAGAGAGCAAUCUAGGGUUUAGGAUGAUGAAGGGUCGGGUAAGAUGUCACUAGGUUGACACCAAACAAAGCAAAACAAAACGGGAAGAAACAAACGUGUAAGUGUACGUCGUACUAUGGGGACGGUGACAGCGGCGUCACUCUUUUGCCGUACGCUCAAUGUGAUACAUACAUUAAAACGAAGCAAAAGCUCCAACAAAGAA